UGGUGUGCUGCAAAAUAGUCGCGUUCUCUUCACUGCGGCAAGAAGCACAAUUUCCAUUUGCCCGUGUUCUUCAAAAGUGCCGUGAAAAAAUGCGCCAUUCAUAUUUCUCCUACGUUAGAAAUCUAAGCCGAUUCCGUUCACGUUCACGUUCUGCUGCAUACUCUUCCUUCUUUUCGGAAUUCGAUGGAGAUUCUACACUCGCAAGCCUCAAGCUUAAACAAUCCCCUGCUUCAGAUGAUUCUUCUAAUGUGGCGUUUAAGAAAAUUUCUUCUAUUUACUACGGUGAUAGUAUCUCGGUCAAGAAACCCAUGUCUAAGAGAAAUGAUAAUGCAGAAGAGUCCCAAAGUCAGCCAGGAAUAUCAUGGCUUUCAAACAUAUAUAACAAUAAUUUAUUAUUACAACGGAAAGUACAUUCUCGCAAAAAGAAACAGAAACACUUGUUUGAAUUUUCCCAAGAGAACCGUUUUAAUAGGUUGGUUAGAAUUUGUGCAAAGGUACUUGGACCGGAGGCUACCAUUGCAUUGUUUGGUAAAGUUGGACGAGAUCCAGGUAUCAAAGGGUACAAUGCACUGAUAGAAAUGUGCAUAGAAAAGGCUAGGGAAAGUAGUGACGAAGACAUAGUGAUAGAAGAGUUGGGGAAGGUUUUCCAUCUUUUUAAAUUGAUGGGUGAACGAGGAUUUCGGCUAGAAGAGCAAUCAUAUCGUCCACUUCUUUUGUAUACUAUUGACAUGUGUAUGGUUGAAGAGUUUCAUUUUUUCUGUGAUGCUAUCAAAGACCAGAAUGCCAGUUUAAUUACCAGACUCGGUUACUACGAAAUGAUGUUGUGGUUAAGAGUUAAUAAUGAAGAAAAGAUUCAAGAAAUCUGUAAUCUCAUUGCAGAGAAUGAUGGUGAAGAAAUUUCUGAUUUACGAGAAAAUUAUUUCUUGGCUCUUUGUGAGAGUGAGCGGAAGAAGGAGAUAUUGGAGCUAUUGGAAAUCAUAGACAUAAAAAAGCUUUCAUCUGUAGAAUCUGUAGAAAAGAUAUUUCAGGCAUUAGGAAGGCAUCAACUGGAACCUGUUGCGGAGAACUUCCUUUUGGACUUCAAAACAAGUGAUUAUGAAACAAAUAAUAUUACAAACUUCAUUGCAAGUUAUGCUGUUAGCAUCCCAGAUUUAUCGGUUGAGAAUGUCAUUACAAAAUUCAAGGAUUUGCACCAAACACUUGAAGUGUCACCUUCAUCCUCAUCAUAUGAGAAGCUAAUUUUACAUUGCUGUACGUUGCGCGAGGUGCGUGUAGCUCUUGAUAUUGUUGGUGAAAUGUGUGAAGGGGGCUUGACUUUAUCAAAUGAGAUGUUACAGUCCAUAUUACAAACUUGUGAGGAAACAUCUGAAUAUAAUUUGGUUCAUCGGAUCUUCUCUACAAUACGCCAGUACAAUCUGGAGACAAAUGAUAAGACAUUCAGAUGUAUGAUAGACUUGUUCUUGAAGAUGAAAGACCUUGAAGGUGCAUAUAGAAUGCUCGAUGAAAUGGGGGAACUGAAUUUGAAACCAUCAGCUAGCAUGUACAAUACCAUAAUGGCAGAAUGUUUUAGAGAGAAAAACACGAGUGAUGGGGUCAGGGUCCUUGAGCACAUGCAAAAUGCUGAUGUAAUGCCUGAUUCAGAGACUUUUAGCUACCUGAUUAGCAACUCUGAAACUGAAGAGGAUGUAGUCAUGUAUUAUAAAGAACUGAAGGAAUCUGGAAUCAAACCUACAAAGCAAAUUUUCAUGGCCCUUAUAAAUGCUUAUGCUGCUUGUGGACAGUUGGAGAAAGCAAAACAGGUAGUGUUAGAUCCAUUGAUACCACAGAAGAACUUGAACCAAAUCAAGUGUGUGCUUGUUUCAGUUCUUGCAGCACAUGGGCAACUGUCUGAAGCUAUUCAUUAUUACGAGGAAAUCAAGAAAGCUGGACAUAAUUUGGAGCCAAAAGAUAUUAUGAGUCUCAUUGAGAAGGCUCGGUCCAAUGUAGAGUUGGACAGGUUGCUUCUUCUACUUGAGGAAUUAAAUGAUACAGAUUAUUGGAAUGGAGCUUGCUGCAGAAUCAUCUUGUAUUGUAUUUGGAACAAGGAUAUAAGUUCUGCUGUCAACUUGUGUAAGCUCCUCAAGAAUAAGUACCAAAGCAACGAACUGGUUACAGAAGCUCUCUGCGAUAAGCACCACAGCGAUGAAUUGGUUAUGAAAGUUCUCUUUGAUAAGGUGUUCUCUCUCAUCGACGGGUCAGAGUCGAGCCAUUUGCAAGCGUGCCUCGAACUGCUUUCUGAAAUCAAGGAUAAGCUAGGCCUUGUGCCUCCAAAGGAAUAUCAUGAUUCUCUGCUAAGUGCUCAUGCCAAAACCUCUGAAUUACAUAAUGCUAACUGAACGAAACAUUGAGCUAGACUAAGAAGGGUGAGUAGGUGAAGUACUCUUCAGUCUUCACUUGAGUUCCUAUUAAUAGGGGCAUUAUAUCCAAAUGUGUACAAAUAACUCACAAAUUUUGGGGUUGAGGUGAUAGAUAGGUAGGUCUUUUCUAAAAGGGCUGUUCCAGAAUUCAAGCAUCUGAUAUAGCAGCUAAAGUAGGCAUGAAGUUGCGGUGUACUAACAUUUUUCUCUCUUUUCUUUGUUAAUAUAAUAUCAGAAAAAUAUUAAUCA